UUAUCACGUGACCAUUGCUGUGGCCAGCUGAUAGGGGAAGGUUUGAAGUGGUGUCGGGAGGGAGUGGGGCCGCUGUGGCCGCGGCGGGCGUUUGGACUGUCCUGCGCCUUCCAGCCAUGUCCGCCGCGCUGGGCCGGCGUGACUCAGAGACUGAGCGGCUGCUGACCCAGAACCCUGGAUAUGGGACCCAGGUGGGGGCUUCACUGGCCCCCACGACCCCCCUAGAAGAGGAAGACCUCCGUCGCCGCCUGAAGUACUUUUUCAUGAGCCCCUGUGACAAAUUCCGGGCCAAGGGUCGCAAGCCAUGCAAGCUGAUGCUGCAGGUGGUCAAGAUUUUUGUGGUCACUGUGCAGCUCAUUCUAUUUGGGCUCAGCAACCAGCUGGUGGUAACAUUCCGUGAAGAGAACACCAUCGCCUUUCGACAUCUUUUCCUGCUUGGCUACUCAGAUGGAGCGGAUGACACUUUUGCAGCCUACACACGGGAGCAACUCUACCAGACCAUCUUUCAUGCUGUGGACCAGUUCCUGAUGUUGCCAGAGGUAUCACUGGGCCGGUAUGCAUAUGUCCGGGGUGGGGGUAGCCCUUGGGCCAAUGGCUCGGCACUGGCCCUCUGCCAGCAGUACUAUCACCGUGGCCAUGUGGACCCAGCCAAUGACACCUUUGACAUUGACCCAAGGGUGGUCACUGACUGCAUCCAGGUGGAUCCCCCUGAGAACCUCCCGAAGCCCCCCAGUGAGGACCUCACCCUCUUGGAUGGCAGCUCCAGCUAUAGGAACCUCACACUCAAAUUCCACAAGCUGAUCAACGUCACAAUCCACUUCCAGCUGAAGACCAUUAACCUCCAGAGCCUCAUCAACAAUGAAAUUCCAGACUGUUACACCUUCAGUGUUCUGAUCACUUUUGACAAUAAAGCACACAGUGGACGUAUCCCCAUUCGUCUGGAGACCCAGACCCACAUCCAGGAGUGUAAGCACCCCAGUGUGUCUAGACAUGGAGACAACAGCUUCCGUCUCCUGUUUGACAUCGUGGUCAUUCUCACUUGCUGUCUGUCCUUCUUGUUAUGUGCCCGUUCACUGCUUCGUGGCUUCCUGCUGCAGAAUGAGUUUGUGGGGUUCAUGUGGCAGCAUCAGGGACGAGAAAUCAGCUUGUGGGAACGGCUGGAAUUCGUCAAUGGCUGGUACAUUCUGCUGGUCACCAGUGAUGUUCUCACUAUCUCUGGCACUGUCAUGAAGAUCGGCAUCGAAGCCAAAAACCUAUCAAGCUAUGAUGUCUGCAGCAUCCUCCUCGGUACCUCCACACUGCUUGUCUGGGUCGGUGUCAUCCGCUACCUGACUUUCUUCCACAAGUACAAUAUUCUCAUUGCCACUCUGCGUGUUGCACUGCCCAGUGUCAUGCGCUUCUGCUGCUGUGUAGCUGUCAUCUACCUGGGCUAUUGCUUCUGUGGCUGGAUCGUGUUGGGACCCUACCAUGUGAAGUUCCGCUCACUGUCCAUGGUAUCUGAGUGCCUGUUCUCGCUCAUCAAUGGGGACGACAUGUUCGUGACAUUUGCAGCGAUGCAGGCCCAGCAGAACCACAGCAACCUGGUGUGGCUCUUCUCCCAGCUCUACCUCUACUCCUUCAUCAGUCUCUUCAUCUACAUGGUGCUCAGCCUCUUUAUUGCACUCAUUACUGGUGCCUAUGACACCAUCAAGCAUCCUGGUGGUGCAGGUUCAGAAAAGAGCGAGCUCCAGGCCUAUAUUGAGCAAUGCCAGGACAGUCCAACUUCUGGCAAGUUUCGCCGAGGAAGCGGCUCAGCCUGCAGCCUUCUCUGCUGUUGUGGAAGGGACACUCCGGAGGACCCUUCGCUGCUGGUGAAUUAACUCCAAGAUGCCUGCUACUACUGGACUUUCUUCCGUGGACUGUUGGGACUCCGGGUUAUUUAUUUUUAGAGUACUUUUUAAGCAUCAGAUUCCCUGCCCAGUGAGGGUCUGGACUGGUCGGGCUAUAUACUGAAGAUGGGAGGAGAGGGUGUUUAAUAAAUGGGAAAAAUAAA